AUGUGGAACAAGAGUACUUUGCAACUUUUCGAAUUUGAAACCACAAAUCACAAGGAUUUUGGAUGCAGUCUAUUGCUGGGAACGGCCCAAUUAUAUUCGAGCCGCGACAAUUGCAACACCGACGUUGAUAUUGAAUUGUCCAAAAACCCGACCGGGUGGUCAUGUCACUAUAGUGAUGACGAGAUGGAUCAACCUGGGAUCCGGUCUCAGCUUAGAUGGUCCCCCAUGGAGAAUUCGAAGGACUUGAGUCCUCGACAUACCUUUGAAGCCUUUACCAGUACCUCACUUGGAAAUUUGACUUCUCGAAAUAACUCCUACCUCGAGAACCAGAGAUAUCGGACUAUGAUGGUACCAAUCCCCAGGAGUGCACCCCCUUCCUGGCUCUGUGGAAUGGGGCAGCUGCGCUUUGAUUCUUGA